AUAUAUAUUUGUCGAUAGCAUAUUUGGUAGACCGCCAAUCAGUAGCCCUGUUACGAUCCCAAUAAUGGACUUCGCUUCCGCAACCACCACCACCGUCGUUUCCGCCGGCGAAGUCAUAAUGGCCGCCCUCCUCCGCCUUCCCGUCCACUCCUUCUCCGACCUCACGCGCUCCCUUGCUGACAAUCUCGAUCUUCACCGCCGCCGCCUCACGUUCCUCCUCCUCUCCCCCCUCCACUUCGCCCUCACCCUCUCCCACCUCCGAUCUCUCUCGCUCCACGAGAAGACCCUCCUCCUCGCCCGCCUCCUCCUCUCCUCCCUCCACCUACUCCUCCCCACCGCCGCCUCACCGCACCCCCACCGCCUCAGCCUCCGCGACCUCGACGCCGCGCUCCUCCUCGUGGCUAUGUGCGACUCCCAUGACCCCUCCGCCCCCAUCGACUCCUGGCGCGCCACCGUGUCCCGCCACGUUCUCCAUCAGGCGCUCAGCCCCUCCGGUCUCGGAGACGGCCCGUGGCCCGUCUUGUGCCACCACGUCGACGCCGCCGCGAAGUGCCGGCGGCUGAUGGAAACCAUGGCAGGCGGAGGGAAGGAGAGAUCGGAAGUGGCGGCGUCGGUGGCCUCAGUGGUGGCGCUCCCGUGGGUGGAUCACGGAGGAGCAUCCGGGGAGUGCGUCGUGUGCAGGGAGGAGAUGGGGGAAGCGGGAGGGAGGAUGGUGUGCGAGCUUCCAUGCAGUCACCGGUUGCACUGGGGGUGCGCGCUGGGGUGGCUCCGGCGGCGGCACACCUGCCCGUGCUGCCGGCACGAGCUACCGACAGAGAACGUGGCGUGCGAGAUGGGACGGAUGUGGAGGGCAGCGGUCAGGUCAGGCAGCGAUCACAAGCAGAGACCACUGUGAAGAAGGGAAAAAAAAAAGUAGACAUCAAUCAUCCCGCGCAAGUGCGAGAGGCUACCCGCGAGAUCGAAUCGUCGUUAUCUGUUUAGCAACCUCCUUACUUACAUGGUUACAUGUACUGUGUUUCAUUCCAUGGGAGCAGACAGUGACUUCAGUUCAUGUGGCUUCAAUUAUUUCAUGCUCUAGCACAAAACGGGGAGGUGCAAUUGGCCACAUCUCAUGAAAAUUAUAUAAUUCGGAUUGGAGAAGCUUGUUCGUUUUGCUAUGUGCACGAAAAUGUAUGCCUCGUUUCUAUUUUAAUAAUAAGAUCAGUUAUUCAA